AUGGGCCGAGGCCGGCUUCGCCGGCGGCUGGGCCGCAUGAAGGAUCGCGUCCUGUACAGGUUUUCUAGUGCCCGGCAGGACACCAUUGCCGAGCCAUUCCUGGAGGCAUGUGCCACCAGCGCAUCGACAGGCUUUCGCGCGCUCCUUGUCGAAGAUCUGCUCGAGCGCAUCUCUGAGCUCGAGGCGACGUAUCAUCUGAAUAUCAAGUUGUGGGGUUAUCCCCAGCUCCGCAAGACGCGGUACUGGGACCGGCGUAAGAUAUGGGUGGUGAUCGAUCAGAUGAGCCAAGCAGAGGAGGCGUUGUCGUACCACAUUCGAGAGGCGGAGGCUGCGUUCAGAGCGUUGUCGGGGCGGUCGCCACCGAAGCCGCGGUCACUAUUGAACGACGCGUCUCUGCAGCUCCCAGGCGCACAUCUCAAAACAAAAGAGAAGCUUGAGACGACGCCACCAGAAGCUUCAGGUUCAGGUCCGGGGUUCAACUCGCUACCAGCGGACCCCAACGCGAUUCCCCGAGCGUCCGCGACCAAGUUCCUUACCAGCUACUACCUCUCACUCAGCGAGAUACGCGAGAGCCUCAAACGAUGGCGCGCUGAGCUCAAGGCAGUGGCCGACGAAGUGUGA